AUGGCGCAAACCAACGCCAAAGAGAACAUCGCCGAUGGCUUGAUCGCGGGUAUUGCCUCCAAGGCCCCCUCACAAUCCCCUAAGAAAGCGGCAUUGUCACCAAAGAAGUCAUCGCGCAAGACGCGCAGUAAGAGUAUUGGUCCAGGAGGUCUGGGAGAGUUGGAAGCACCACCGCUGAAGGAAGCGUUUGGAAACCGCAGAAAGUCUGCUUUUAUUCCUGCGGUCAAGUCAAUUCUAGCCUCAAACGAUGAAGACGAGAAGAAGAGACGCGAAGCCCGUCGCAAGUCGCUGGCAAGGCGACGCGUAUCUUUCGCGCCAGAGGCGACUCUACACACUUGGGAUGUAGUCGAAUACAUGCGCGAUGCAACCAGUUCCUCUGCCUCGUCCGAGGUCACUCGAAGAGCCUCAACCGUCUCUCAAGCGUCUACCCCGGCAUCGCCUGCCCCUCCUUCCGACCCCGCAGAGCCACCAUCGACCCCACCAGAACAAGCAGAAGAGGCUGAAGCAGAGGCCAGCUCGUCACCUGCAAACCAGCGCGCAUCACAUCAAAAGAAGAACCGCCGAAGUUCUGGCAUACCGCCCAUGAACUUCAACAACCCAGAUGACGUCUACUCCUCAAGCCCUUUGAGCGGAGAUAACGCAUCACCCGGAGACAACGACAAUGGUAGCGACUCUGAUGAUAGUGAUGGGACCGAGAAUCUGGGGGCUUCUCCUGACAACGAAGAUUCUUCCCAAAGCAGCGCCCGACUAGAUGCUGCACUGCGAGAGGCAUCCAACUUGGCAGUCACACAAAACCUGGACUUUGACGAUGAUGGUGAUAUGACUAUGGACAUUGCACAAGACGAGGUUACCGCAGCCUUCAAACCAUGGGCAAAAAAGAGCUACGUUACGGAAUACGACAAGGAGAACGAAAGCCCUGUCGCCUCACCAGCACGAACAGAAGCUGGGGAUGACGAAGACAUGAGCAUGGAUAUCACACGUGCGGUCGGCCGCAUUGUUCCACCACAACAGCAAGAAGAGUCAGACGCACCGAGUUCCGACAUGGAGGAGGACAUGAGCAUGGAACUCACCAUGCCGCUCGGAAGCAUACAAGCUAUGGCGUCGAAUGCGCCAGCCAACCGAAGGAAGAGUCUUAAGAGGAGAGUUUCGACACUUGAGCAAGGAAGUCCGGCGAAGCGCACUGCAAGCCGACGCACGAGCUUGCGUCAACGUCGACAGUCAGAAGAACAAGCCCAGGAAGAUGCGACCAUGGACUUUACAAUGGCAAUUGGAGCGAUUAAGAAGGCACCGCAGCCUGAGCCUGCGAGGCGUGCUAGCGUCCAAUCCACUUUCGAAGAUGCAACAAUGGACUUCACUUUGGCUGUUGGUUCUAUCAAGAAGGGGGAUUCGACUAUGCAGCAAGAACACGAGGAGGGGAAUGAGGUCGAGGAUGAGGACCUUUCCAUGGAGUUCACAAAGAUUGUUGGUCCUGGCAUUAGACGUGCCGACAAGCCAUCCUCAACACCAGAGAAACCUGCUGAUAUUACUCCUGUCCCCGCCACCAAGACACCAACGCCUCAGAAGGCACUCAAGAAAUCACCUGGUAAUAGAAGGACUUCCAUGCUCAGGAACGAAGUCAAGGCUGAGCCGGAAGUGCUGAAGGACAUCACUCCUAGCACCUCUGCUGAGGUCGUCUACCCGAACCUUGAUCCAGAAACUCCAGAAAUUGUGAGGCAAAGGGACAUCGAAGAGAUCGAGCCAUCCCCGUUCGUGCGCCGAACUCCCCUGAGCGCCUUGAAGCAAAACAACGCUAUUACGACCCCAACCAGUGAACAGCGACAGAAGACACCACAGGCAAUCCCCGAAGACCCAGUCGCAGCGCCAAUCUUGAACCGACGCCGCUCUUCAUUGUCUGCGGUACAAUUCAGCCCCAUCAACGCCCCACGCGAGGAACCCGUGCUGAAGAGCACGGCAAUCCUCAGCAACAGUAUCAAGCUACUUUCGACCCCACGGAAGCAAUCGUUGAUGUCACCAAUGAAAAAGGGUCUGACCCCAAAGAAAUCUCAAACCCCACAAAAGCAGCAGACGCCAAAGCAAAAGACUCCAACCCCCAAGAAAGCUACGCCACGAAAGAGUAUGAGCCCUAAGAAGCGUGUACUCUUUGGUGAACAACCGGAAGAAGAGAACGAGGUGGAAGAAAGCGUUGCAGAUGAUGGUUCGGAAGUUGAACGUAUCUCAUUGCAAGACUUCCUUGACAUGACAAAGAUUCGCUUCAUGGAUCUUAGUACGACCAAGCGACGUCAUACUGCAGCUCCUGCUUCGUUCCACGACGUGGAAGUGGAGGAGAAAGAGGAGUCUUUGGAUCGCUAUGUUGUGGCCGGUGCAUGCACUCUGCCAGAGUACGAGCUCUAUCAACAUGCGUGUCAUGAGAUGAAGAAAUACAUCUCCGACGGCCGCCACUUCGUCCGCACUAUGGAGGCAAAUGUCCUGGAGGAUAACCCACUGCUCUUCAGCGAAUACCUCACUGCUCCCCCGGAUCAACGCAAGGUCAUGGACAACCAAUUCAAGAACCUGAAGACGAACGCUCGUCUUGAGGCUCGCGGCGAGUGGUACACAUGGCGAAGCACGCUUCUGCAUGAUCUUAAAGCAGGUCUUUUUCACACAAUGGAUGGCUUCAAGCGUGAUGAGUCUACACUCGUCAACCAGGAACAGCUACUCGAUGUUGUGCUGCCGCCCCUGAUUGAGAAGAAGGAGCACUUGUCUGUUGAGUGUAAGCAGCUACAGCAGCGUCAUGAUGAGCUUAAUAGCUGCGACCGGGAAGAGCUUGAGCAGACCAGGGAAAAGCUCGUCGCUACCGAUGCCGAAUUGCAAAAGAAGAAGCAAUUGCUACUUCGGCUCCAGCAAGAGCUCGCCGAUAAGGAGCAGCGUAUCCAGGCAGCCAAAGACCGAAAAGUUGAGUGCGUUGAAGAAAUCAAAGCAGCUGAGCGCUUGCGAGAAAACUGCCGUGGCUGGUCUACAAGCGAAGUCAGUAACCUGAAAGCCAAAGUCACUGCUCUCGAGCAAGCCCACGGCUGGUCCAUUACUUCGGCUUCCUCAACAAGCAUUACAAUGACCCACCUGAACGAUCUGGAAUUGUACUUUGCACCUUCUGCCUUCGCCACAGGCUCGGACACACCCAAUGCUUCCAUAUCACUCGCAUACAUUGGGGACUCGGCAACACCCCAUCCUCGUCCCCUGACCACUAGCAAACGCUUUUUCCUCCAGCUCAUCCGCGCACAUCUUCAUUGCAUCCCUCAAUCACAAACGCGCAUCUCGUCACUUCUGUCGCUUGUCAAGAAUGGCUGGGCUACUGCUCUCGCAGUUGCUGCAGGUGUUCGAUGGCUCGAGCACAGCUACAUUACCGAGGAGUAUAUUCUUUCAGACGAGCGGAUGGCAAUUUCUACCAACAUGCUUCUUCCUACUCUUCAGACCAAGAUCAGGGCCACCUUUGAGGUUGGCGUUGUUCUAGGCAAGGAAGGUAUAGAGACCGAUGUCAGCACAAGGGCCGAGGUUGUCUACGGUGAGAAGUAUGGCGAGGAGAAGAUGGGUGCAUUCCUGAGGGACUUUUGUGGAAAUGAGGUGAAGGAAGAGGGUCGUAUGUCAGUAUGGGCAGACGCCAUGCUAGAUCUUGGGGCGAGACUGAAGAAGACUGGGAGGAAGGGUGAGAGAAAGUAG